GGUAGAGGCAGGGGCUGCAGGGGAAGCUCAGGUAGAGGCAGGGGCUGCAGGGGAAGCUCAGGUAGAGGCAGGGGCUGCAAUACAGACAAUGGAACAGUACCUGGACAGUUCCGGUUCUCUGGCCCCCCUCCAGAGCUUAGAUGGAGGAAGGCACCGUUUCUCAUCUCCAGGGCUGCAGAAGUUUCGAGGAGUUCUUAGAGACAGGAAAGCAAAAGUCCUGUAAUGCAGAGCUGGCCGGUGAAUUGAGAAGUGCGCAUGUUUGCUUUGGUUAGAAAGGCCUAGUUUUUGCUCUGUAUCUGAUCAAUGCUUUUGUUAAGUUUGCUGAAGUUUAAAAUACAUUAUUGUUGGGUCAGUGCCAGAUUCAGACUGGGCCAAAUGAAUGAAGCCUUUGUCCCAGGGCACAGAUUCCUUUCCAUUUGAACUCAGCAAGUUAUAUUGCAGGUUUCCAUGGCGCUGUAUUAACUAUAAUUGAGGCUUGUGCUGUUGUUAAAAACCUUUCCAGUGGUGAUGUGUUAAUGAUUCACAGUAUCUACCUGACUGAUUGUGUGUGUGUGUGUUGAAGUGGGAUUAUAAAGCACUGCAGUAAUUGUACAGCUACCUGACUGCACUCACUGGUGGGAGCGACAUCGUGUGAGACGCUCAUCGUUUAAAAGUGCAGAGCAGUUAGAAGCAGUUUGAAAGCAGAUUGACAGCUGCAGAAACUAGAGUGAAACUUACAAAAAAGAAUAAUAAUAAUAACAUGGCCUUCAAGCCAGUAACUGUGACACCUGCAUGAUGUGGGAAAUCUGAGAAAACCCAGCAGAGCUCAACCAAGUGUGUGUAAAGUGCUGCACGAUCCAGGACUUGCUUCAGCAAGUAAGUAUGCUAGAAAUGGAGCUGGAGGAAAUGAGACAGCAACAGGAGCUUGAGGAGCUGACACACCCACAAUUCAUGGAAGUCUGCACCCCUAGCAGACUGAAAGACACCAGGGAGAUGGAAGAGAGUUGAAACAGCUGGGUUCAGAUAGGCAGAAGCAGAGAAAAAAAGAAACUUCAUCAAACACAACCACCAGAAAUCCAGACAGCCAACACAUUUGAGCCACUUCAACAUUUAGAUGACCAAAACCAACAUCAAGGGAAUGAAAGAAACAACAUCCAGGACCCUAUAAACAGUGCUGGCCAGGCAGCAAAAAGAAGGGAGGUCAUGAUUGUUGGGAACUCCAUACGAGAAACACAGCAAGUUCAGUUCGCAGUUUGGACCCCCUUACUACAACAGUGUGCUGCCUUCCAGGAGCCUCAGUCAAGCACAUCACUGAGAAUGUGGACAGGCUCCUUGAACGAACAGGAGACAACCCGGUAGUAGUCGUCCACAUCGGUACAAACAACAUUGGAAGUGACAGGCCAAGAUCCCUGCAAAACAAAUUCAGAGAGCUAGGAAGGAAAUUAAAAGACAAGAUCAAAACUGUGGUAUUUUCUGGGAUACUGCCGGCACCUUGCAAAGGACCAUAUGGACAGCUGGAAAUACAAAAUCAAAAUGCAUGGCUGAAAUCGUGGUGCACACAGGAAGGCUUCACCUUUCUUGAACAUUGGAGCACUUUCUACAACAAGGACUAUCUAUACAGGUGGGACGGACUGCACUUAAACAGAAAGGGAACCAAUCACCUCGGAGAAAGGAUCCUUCAGGCGGUACAGAAGCAUUUAAACUAGAAAGGAAGGGGGGAGAAAACAAAAAAACAGAAGGGAGACCACAUCAAAACAAGGGCAACAACUCAGUCAGGUGCGUGCUGAGAUGACUCGGGAGGAUGGAUCGCGGGAGGAGUUCUCUUAUGACAGGAUGCCGACGCUGGAGCGUGGAAGCCGGCAGGAGAACAGCAGCUACUCUGUGGAGGUGAAGGCCAGCGACCUGCAGCUCGCAGACAGAUUCCCCUCCUGCUUGAGCUACCGAGCCUGGCUCUUCAGCAUCCUCAUCGGGAGCAGUGUCCUGAUCACGGCUGGCUUCUCUCUCUACCUGGGGAACGUGUUUCCAGCUGCCAUGGAUUACCUCCGCUGUGCCGCAGGUUCAAGCAUUCCUGUUGCUGUGGUGAGCUUCGCGAUCGCGAGGAAUGGGAGGACUGUGGUCUCCGAUUACCAGGUCAUGUUUGUGUCGGCGUUCGCUGUCACGACAACCUGCCUGGUGUGGUUCGGCUGCAAACUGGUGCUGAACCCAACAGCCAUCAAUAUCAAUUUCAACCUGAUCUUAUUGAUCCUGCUGGAGAUCCUGAUGGCGAGCACCGUGAUCCUCUCUGCCCGCUCCUCUGAGGAGUGCUGCAUCCGCAGGAAGCCUCACGCCUGUGACUCUGGCUUCUUGAACCCCAUCAUCUUCCCCACGCGCAUCCUCAAGUCCUACUCUGUGAUUGAAUUGAUAGUGGGGAUCUCAGCUGUGUUUGGUGGGAUCAUCGCCCUCAAUACGGAUGUUCUGGUCCCGGGACCCUACCUGUCUGCCACCUUCUUCUGGAUACUAGUGGCUUGUUUCCCGAGUGCCAUUGCCAGCCAUGUAGCAGCAGAGUAUCCCAACAAGUGUCUGGUGGAGGUACUGAUUGCUAUCGGCAGUGUCACCUCCCCGCUGCUCUUCUCUGCCUCGGGGUACCUGUCCGUCAGCAUCAUGAGCUUCAUUAACAUCUUCCACCACGAGCUGCCUGCUGCCAAGCAAUCCUACGACGUGCUGCUGCUAAUCCUGAUGGUGCUGCUGCUGAUCCAGGCGUUCCUCACUUUGGCGACUGUGAUCCACUGUGUCGCCUACAAGACUGAGCUCCGCCUGGCCCAACCCAGCUGGAGCAGCGGCCCCUUCAUACAGCACGAGCCCCAGCCCACAGAGGUUCCCAAUGGCACCAUGAAGGACUUCGACAAGGACAAGGCGUGGAAGGCAGUGGUGGUGCAGAUGGCACAAUGAAGAGGGAGGGGGAGUCUGACUGGCUCUCAGAUUAGCCUCUCUUUCUGUGAAGUCCAGCCAACCCAGAGCAGCUGAAUGGUCCUGAACUCAACGUGGGUUUUACCCUGAACAGAUUGUAGCGUUAUAUAAAUAUUACUCACAUGAUAUUUAGCUGCUCAAGCAGCCCCCCCUGCUUCUAACAACACAGGGGAGGUUUCACUAACAUCAGUGUCUGAACCUGCAAUGUUGUAACAACCAGCUAACCGUAUGCAGUCCUUAGCUUGGAGAUGUAAUAUAGUGAAAUACAGAACUCCUUAUUUUUAUAUUCAGUAGGUAUCUAUUUAACUGUGCUUAUUUCUGUGCUUAUAAAACAGCAUUGUUUUGUCUAUGGUACAAGCUGUUGCUGUUCCAAUAAAGCCAUGUGUGUCUCUUU